GCUAGUUCUGUCAAGUGCAGUAGAUUAGCACAGAGAUUGGGUACUGGUGUUUUGGCUCGACAAUGGCGGAGUUUCAAUGGGGAGGAGGCGGUAGCCUCUGCCCCCGGCUUAUUACACUGCUGCUGCUGGGAUUCAUUGCCAUCAUUAGCAAUGCUGCUUCUGCAAAUGCUGAGGAGGGCCGUAUUCUGAGUGAAUAUGAGUACAAAUCUCCCCCUCCUCCAUCACCAUCUCCUCCUCCUCCUUAUUACUACAAGUCUCCACCCCCUCCAUCACCAUCUCCUCCUCCACCUUAUUACUACAAAUCCCCACCCCCUCCAUCACCAUCUCCUCCUCCACCUUACUACUACAAGUCUCCAACACCUCCAUCCCCAUCUCCUCCUCCCCCUUACUACUACAAGUCUCCACCCCCACCAUCACCAUCUCCACCUCCCCCUUAUUACUACAACUCCCCACCCCCUCCCUCGCCAUCUCCUCCUCCCCCUUACUACUACAAGUCUCCGCCCCCACCAUCACCAUCUCCACCUCCCCCAUACUACUACAAGUCUCCACCUCCUCCCUCACCAUAUCCUCCUCCCCCUUACUACUACAAGUCCCCACCUCCUCCCUCACCAUCUCCUCCUCCCCCUUACUACUACAAGUCCCCACCUCCUCCCUCACCAUCUCCUCCUCCCCCUUACUACUAUAAGUCCCCACCUCCUCCCUCACCAUCUCCUCCUCCCCCUUACUACUACAAGUCCCCACCUCCUCCCUCACCAUCUCCCCCUCCUCCUUACUACUACAAGUCUCCACCCCCACCAUCACCAUCUCCACCUCCUCUUUACUAUUACAAGUCUCCACCCCCACCAUCACCAUAUCCUCCUCCUCCCUAUUACUACAAGUCUCCACCCCCUCCCUCACCAUCUCCUCCUCCUCCUUACUACUAUAAAUCUCCACCCCCUCCCUCACCGUCUCCACCUCCUCCUUAUUACUACAAGUCUCCUCCACCACCCUCACCCUCACCUCCACCACCAUACUACUACAAGUCCCCACCUCCACCAUCAUCACACUCUCCUCCACCUUGUUAUUACAAGCCUCCCCAUCAUAGCCACCACCAUCACAAGCAUCACCACCAUCAAAAACACCACAAUUCCCCACUUCCACCAUCACCACCAACCCAUGAAUCAUAUUACUAUAAGUCUCCACCUCCACCAUCACCUUCCUCUCAUCCAUCAUACUAUUACAAGUCCCCUCCUCCACCGACAUACUAUUACAAGUCCCCACCACCACCAUCACACUCUCCUCCUCCCCCAUACUACUACAAAUCACCUCCUCCUCCAUCCCCUUCACCUCCACCUCCUUAUUACUAUAAGUCGCCCCCUCCUCCAUCACCAUCACCCUCUCCAGUGUACUACUAUAAGUCACCCCCUCCACCAUCUCCCUCACCACCACCAACCUAUUACUACAAGUCACCUCCUCCUCCAUCUCCCUCACCUCCACUGCCCUACUACUACAAGUCACCUCCCCCUCCAUCACCAUCUCCACCUCCACCAUACUACUACAAGUCUCCACCCCCUCCCUCACCAUCACCCCCACCACCACCAUCACCUUCUCCUCCUCCUCCAUACUACUACAAGUCCCCACCCCCACCAUCACCUUCCCCUCCCCCACCAUACUACUACAAGUCCCCUCCUCUGCCAUCACCUUCUCCUCCACCACCAUACUAUUACAAAUCCCCACCACCACCAUCACCCUCUCCUCCUCCUCCAUAUUACUACAAGUCACCUCCUCCUCCAUCCCCUUCCCCUCCACCUCCUUAUUACUACAAGUCACCCCCUCCUCCUUCACCAUCUCCCCCUCCACCAUACUACUACAAAUCUCCUCCUCCACCAUCUCCUUCACCUCCACCUCCAUACUAUUACAAGUCUCCUCCUCCACCCUCUCCUUCUCCUCCUCCACCUUACUACUACAAGUCACCCCCUCCUCCAUCCCCUUCACCACCACCUCCUUACUACUACAAAUCUCCUCCCCCGCCAUCUCCUUCACCCCCACCUCCCUACUACUACAAGUCUCCUCCCCCACCAUCCCCUUCACCCCCACCAUCCCCUUCACCCCCACCUCCCUACUACUACAAGUCUCCUCCCCCACCAUCGCCUUCACCCCCACCUCCCUACUACUACAAGUCUCCUCCCCCACCAUCCCCUUCACCCCCACCUCCCUACUACUACAAGUCUCCUCCCCCACCAUCCCCUUCACCUCCACCUCCCUACUACUACAAGUCCCCACCACCUCCAUCUCCUUCCCCACCACCACCAUAUUACUACAAGUCGCCACCUCCUCCAUCUCCUUCUCCUCCUCCCCCAUACUAUUACCAUUCUCCACCUCCACCACUAUAGACUUUCACCACCAAGAGUUUUC